UGCCCCUUUCGUUAUGAACUAUGUGAGGUCUCUGCGAACACUCUACAACGUCCCGAUAGCCAAGGAACUCUGCGCACAAAUAUAUGCUCACUCAGAGAAAUGUACAAACGUCCUUGAUAUGGGAUGUGGUACGGGAGACCUUACCAUUCCGCUUGCCCAACAACUCACAUCGUCUGUAGUUCAUGGAUGCGACAUUUCCGUUAAGGCGAUAGAGGAGGCAAAUAAGGCAUCUGGCCAAGUCGGUAACCUUGAUUUCAGCAAACAAAAUAUCAAUGAGUUACCAAAAUCGUGGGCCGGGAAAUUUGAUGUGAUCUUGAUGUUUGACGUCCUCCAUGACCUUCAGGACCCAGAAAUCGCAAUGAAACAGGUUAUGAGUGUGCUCAAGAAAAAUGGAACCAUCAUCAUUGUUGAUCCAAAGGUGAGUCGAGACCCGCUUAAUAAUGUCGGAAACAUACAGGCGGCACAUGCCCUGACGCUGAGUACCUGGUGGUGUGUUCCGAGCAGCUCGUGUAACUGUGGUUCUGGUAAUGGCGUGGGCUGGGAGAACAAGGAGGCAUUUCUCCUUCGUAUCCCGGGUUUAGAGAUCAAGAGUCGUGUAUGUCUCAUAAACAGCGACUACAACUAUGCCUACAUCUGUAAGAAGAAGUAAAGGAGAAAUAGCCAGAUGGAGGAGAGACUCUAUGAUUGAAGUACGUAUGUGGAUUAUCCAGUCACCAGAUUAAAGAACCAUCAAUGACUUGUAAUUAUAUUUUCCUAUUAGCGACCUUCAAACAAAGAGGGUUUUUUGCACACCACACACCUGUAUAAUUAAAAUGUUUCUAAAAAUAUCGUGAUCUGUGAAAAGUGUUAUAACUAAAAACAUCGUAA